AUGUCAUCUUCGGGGAACAGUAAAGUGAACGUUCUGCAGCAAAUAAACCAUUUCUGGUCCAUGUUGGAUGAUCUUUGUCGAGAUGACCCAGAGGCCUACCGUAAAUUGAUAGAAAAACAAAUGAAAGAAGGAGCAGACUUGAGUGCUGCGCCUGAGCUCCAUUCCUGCAUCUGCACCGACAUCCUGGACCCAAAUCGAGGGCAGCUCUACAUCAACCUGUGUAGCUGGAAACGUGUGCCAGCUCCCCAGCACCCCGGCAAGCCAUUACCCUUGUGCGUCGGUAAACUAGAAACAGAGGAUAAAAGAGGUCAAGGACCCUACACUGUUCUGGAUGUCGCUGUGAAUCCCGGGCUGCUAAAGGAGUAUAAGCCCGAUGAAACAGAGAUGAACCGGCUCUACAUGCUCCUCUUGAACUUUGUACAGCAGCAGCACAACCUCAAGUUAUCACAACAGUACACUCCUGUUAGCCCCAGAAGCACCAUACAGGACUUGCACCGUCGCCUUGGAUUUCAACAGUGGCCUAGUAUGGGCAAUAAAGCAGACAGUGAAGAAGAAAUAGCCUGUCAAACACCAGCUUCCCUCCUGCAGAAAAUAUCGUCUCUACAUACAGAGAAAGAAGAGGAGAUCCUCAUUGCUCCUGAACCUGCGGAGCCUAAAAAAAAGAAUCUGAUCCAAGUCAUCUCCUCCACACUGGUGCAGCCGCAGAGGCCAGAGUACCUGCUCGAGGUGAGGCCUGAUGCGGAAGGCUCUCCUCGCUGCGUGGAGCUGACAGUGGAGCUGCCAAAGGUUUCUAAUAUGUCAGAAUGCCAACUGCGGAUCUCCAAGGAUGAUGUCUUAUUGGAAGUGGAAGAUGUGUACCAUUUGCUCCUAGACUUUCCUCAUCUUGUUGAUGAGGAUUCUGCUACUGCUGUAUUUAACAAGCAGAAGAGACAACUGACUUUGAGAGUAAACAUUUUAUAA